ACCCUUACACCCAGGCUUGGACCUUCCCUUUUAGGCUUACUGAAGGACACGCUCUAAAUUUGACGCUAAGUCUAACUGUUUCAUCUACCAUCCAUCAUGUGCCCAGAAAUCUCAGAAACGGACCGAAUAACUUACGAAGAAGCACGCAACGGAGCGGCUGCAUAUCUGCAAUCACGACUCUCAGCAAAAAACGAAGAAGCAGACAAAGAUUUUGAAAUACCAGUCAUCGACCUCGAACCAUCAUUCUCGGAAUCUCUCUCCGACCGCCAGAAAGUUGCAGACCAAAUACGCAAAGUAUGCACAGCAUCAGGCUUCUUCUACAUUACCAACCACCGAAUCCCAAAGUCGGCUUGCGACGGCAUCCUACACCAAGCCAAGCGCUUCAUGAAAGAGUUACCACUUGAAAAGAAAGAAAAAUUGCAUUUGAAGCACAAUAAAUUCGGAUUAGGCUGGGAGCCCAGCGAAUACACAUCCAUCGCAGGCGACAAGGAAGAAAAAGAAGUCUUCAAUUUCGCAUACGAAGCCGACCUCGACCCCACCGGCGGCGAUGGCCAGUACAAGAACCUCGAUGGAUCAACCGGUAACGCGAACAUGUGGCCCAAAGACGAAGAUCUACCCGGAUUCUACAGCGAAGUAAAAGAGUAUUACGGUAGUGUCCUAAACCUAGCGCGCCACCUCUUCCGCCUCUUCGCCCUCUCCCUCUCCCUCCCAGAAUCCCACUUCGACCCCCUAACCACCCACCCAGGCGGCAUCGCCCGCCUCCUUUACUACCCACCCCCUUCUUCCUCUCCUCCCCUCUCCACAGACGAAACCCAGCAAAUCGGUCUAGGCGCCCACUCUGACUACGAAUGCUUCACGCUCCUCCUCCCCUCCUCCACCCCGGGCCUCGAAAUUCUCAAGCCCUCCGGCACUUGGUACAUCGCCCCUUUUCUCCCCAACACUUUGAUAGUCAACGUCGCGGAUUUCCUGAUGCGCUGGACGAAUGGCAUGUAUAAGAGUACGGUGCAUAGGGUUGUGAAUCGCACGAGGGAGGAGAGGUAUAGUGUGCCGUUUUUCUUUUCAGUCAAUUAUGAUGCUGUUGUUGAGAUGUUGCCGGGGUGUUUGAAGGAGGGCGAGGAGGCGGGGUGGAGGCCAAUAAGAGCUGGGGAGUAUAUUUUGGAAAGGUUGAAUGCUACGACUGCUUAUGGAAAGGGGUUUCAGGUUUAAGGGGGGGGGGCAUGGGCGAAUUGAAAGGUGAAAUACUGGGAAAUCGGAUUUCACUCGUUUCUACUAUUCAGGAUUUUUGAAUUUUUGUUCAGCGUAGCAAUUGUCUUUUCUUCUCUGACUUUCAUGAAUUUCACCUUCUCAAGAAGACUUGCGGUAAAACAGAAUCAUUAUUCGAUCAUGAAUCUAGUUUUUC